AUGGCUUCACCCCGUGGGGGAGUUGGGAACGGUCAGGGGGAGGUUCAUGGUUGGACCAGAGGAUCUUUGAGGUCUUUUCGAACCGACGUGAUUCUGUAUUCAGUUUUUGCGUUAAUUUUUCUCUUUUCAUCCCCCUGCUGGGGGACGGCACAAGCUCUCUUCCCCAGAGCAGCAACCUGGAGGCUUUGCAUCCCAGGGAUCGCUGUGUCUCCCCAGCAAGAGUGUGAGCAUCGCCAAAACCUUGUUUUGUUUUCCUUCCCAUGUGACAGAGAGGAAAGAAUUGCAAAAGAAGCGGAAGAAGAGCAAAGGCAGAAGCUAAAGGCUGUGGAGAACAAGGCCAAGAUCAUGGAGGCUUUCCUGAAAGAGAAGGAGAAGGAAGUUCUCCAGCUGCAGGAAGAAGCCAAAACCUUCAUCACUCUUGAGAACUUGGACGCGCGGAUCGAGCAGUGCCUGGACAACCCUCGCAACUACAACUUUGCCAUCGACAAGGACGGGCGCAUCGUCAAACGGACGGUGUUGACUUAGCGGCCCCGACCAGGGACAGGGGGUGCUGGCCUUGGUUUCUUUCCAGAAGCUCUUCUCUUAAAAGGUUUCUUUUUUUCUUUUUUUUUUUUUUUAAUGUAUAAAUCGACCACGGAUUUGGUGGAGAAAAGCC